ACCAGGGCGGUAUGCAAAUAACUGGUUGCCCCCUAAUCUGGUCGCCGGUGGUCCUCCGAAGAAUUUUCGCUCUCCUCUGGACUUCCGAGAAGGGGAAGGAAUCGUAGUGUCGAAAGAGAGGUUAAUAUUCUCUCAUGAUUGCUCGACCAAACAUAGUUGAAAGGCAAUCCAUCACGAAAAAGAAUUGACGUUUUUUUUCCCGUUAGAUAUAUAGAGCUUUCCCAGAAAUUUCUGUAUUCGAUUCGAUUUUCUGUUUCGAUUGAGGCUCUGAGGCGAAACAAGGAUUUCUGAAAAGUUUUUAAUUUAGUCGAAGGCGAAGAUGGCAACCGUAGGACAUACCCGCCCGACCGGUUGGUUUAACCAGAAGAUCGUCGAUCCCCUCCUCCAAAUCCUCCAGAGGGGCGCAGAGCCGAAGCAACUGGCAUUCUCUGCAGCUCUUGGCAUAACCCUGGGAUUGUUUCCCAUAUGCGGGGUGACUGUUUUUCUAUGCGGGCUUGCAAUUGCAUUUCUUGGAUCUCUUUGUCAUGCUCCCACAGUGAUGCUUGCUAAUUUUGUUGCUACUCCUCUAGAAUUGAGUCUGGUGGUGCCUUUCUUGCGUUUUGGUGAAGCCCUCUCCGGUAGACCUAGUUUCCCACUUACACCUGAUGCCUUGAAGAAAGUUUUUAGUGGCCAAGCUUCACAUGAAGUUCUAUCGAGUAUUGCUCAUGUGUUGUUGGGAUGGGCUGUUGCUGCGCCCUUGAUUCUGGGGAUUGGAUAUUUGUUGUUUUUGCCAUGCUUCAAGAUUUUAGUUCGCAAGUUCAGCCCUGCAGCUUCACCUCAUUCACAAUCUGACGUCAAAAUGAAGACGAGGGAUGACUGAUUUAAUAAGAAUCCCAGAAAUGGCGCAUCUCCUCCUCUAAACACUGCCCACUUGCUUUUAACAUGGUAACCUUCUUUGUAUAUAUGUAUUACCAUGGCCUUCAGUUGCUUCUUCGCUUUGUAUGAACACAGUUUUGUGGAUCAAAGUUUGAUCAAAAUAUCAUGAAAGCUUGCAGGAUGCAACUGUGAUUGCAAGUCCCUUAUUCAUU